UGCCAUAACGAGUUGCGUAACACUCUGAUCAAAUAGUUGUUUGUUAUGUAAGUGUCCAUAACCUGUACCUCAUGGAAAGUCCUGCCGCAUGACGAAAGCAUGAAGGCGACUGAGAGAAAACGGCGGGGAUAAGAGGGCGACGUGUUUCCUGUGUAGUGACAGUUGUGUAGCGACAGUUACCACACAGAACAGCUAUGGCUCUCCCGGCCAUUAACUCUACGGUGUUCUAUGUAGCUGGUAUGGCCUUGCUAGUGCAGUACUUCGCUGCCUUAUACUUUUUCUCUCCUCCUGGCCUGGGGGUGAGGACGGCUGAACUUCUGGAGCCCAACAUACCGACCAAGAAGGCUACUUUCGGAAUGGCAUGAUUUUGGUUUCCGGAGGCCCAGUUUGGUGCCGCUGAGGGAGUCAUCCGCACCAGAGUGGGCUACUCCGGAGGAUCCAUGCGCAACCCUACCUACCGUCACCUGGGUGACCACACAGAGACGGUGGAUGUGGACUAUGAUCCACAGGCAACCAAUUACUCUGCUCUCCUGAAGAUGUUCUGGGACAACCAUGAUCCCACUGCUAAUUGCACCCGCCAGUAUAUGUCAGCCAUCUUCUUUCAUGAUGAGGAACAGAAACAUUUAGCAGAGAAGACACUUGAGGAGAAGCAGAAAACAUCCUCUCAACACAUCAAGACGUCCAUCCUUCCAUUCAAGGAAUUUUAUGAUGCAGAAGACUACCACCAAAAAUACCAACUGCAGCGCCACCAUGCACUUGUGAAUGCCCUGGACUUGGAGCCUGGAGAGGAGCUAAUCAAGAGCCACGUUGCUGCUCGCAUCAACGGUUAUGUUGGUGGUUACGGCACACUGUCUAAUUAUGAUAAAGAGUGGAAAACAUGGGGCAUCACCGAUAAGAUGGCUCAGUAUAUCAGAGAGGAGGUUGCAGCAUCUGCCUAAUGUUAUAUCAUGGUGUGAAUACUUACCUGUUUACUUUGUGAUCACUUCUGGUUUUCCUAUUUUAUUUACUAUGGUUUUAGCUUUUUUCCCCACACUUCAUUCUCUUUUCUAUGGUGCUCAGGUAACAAUUAACAAUACAUACAUCAAUUCAGUUUGAGAUCAAGGAAAUUAAGCAUCCUACAUUAUUACUGUAAUCUGUACAAUAGUGUAAUUUUAUGUGCCUUUGACUGCAGGUAUUAUAAUUAGUCUUAUUUGGUUACUAGGAUGUGUAUGGUGACCAUUUUUCACAGCAUGGAAGCCACUAGCAUGGCAGCCCACUGCACUACCUCUCCCCAGAGCACUGUAGUUCUGCCGUGCCACAACAACCCAUCUGGGAGUGACUAAUCAGAGGAACUUCAAUAUUCAUACUUAUUCUGUACUGUGAAUAAGAAUUUUUUUUUUUUUUUUUUUUUUUUGCCUCUAUUUAUUCAUUCAUUCACUUAUUUAUUGUAUAUUGUAUAUUCUCAUGUCAUUUGUAUUGUAUGAAUGUAGAAAUGUUGAUGGUGAGAAGAAAGAGAAUGACAUUUUCUAUGUAAGAAAUGCCUCCAAUAGCAUCUCCAGUCUCCCAACACCCCACUUUGCAAUAGCAGCUUGUGAGCCCUCUUGGUGUCACACAAGGACCAAUAUGCCUUAAUGAUGAAGUAUUUGUUGUUUGAAUAGGUGGAAAAGCAGGAAUACCUGUGUACUGAUAAGUAAUGAUUGAUAUAUGAUAUGAUGGUUUUCCACUUUAAGGUUUUCAGUCUUGAUAAGGGAGUAAGAAUGAUGAGGCCAGAAUUUUUCAUGAUGGGCAGACUAUGAAUAUGGAUACAUACAUGCAAAUGCUUGGUUUCACCUCUCUGCCUCAAUGGAGAUUGUUGGUCUGAUGGAUGUGUAUGGUGACCAUUUUUCACAGCAUGGAAGCCACUAGCAUGGCAGCCUACUGCACUACCUCUCCUCUCCCCAGAGCACUGUAGUUCUGCCGUGCCACAACAACCCAUCUGGGAAUGACUAAUCAGAGGCACUUCAAUAUUCAUACUUAUUCUGUACUGUGAAUAAGAAAUAUUGAGAUUUUUUAAAUUUAUUUUUUGCCUCUAUUUAUUUAUUCAUCCACUUAUUUAUUGUCUAUUGUAUAUUAUAUAUAUAGUAUAUAUAAUGGUGAUGAAACUAGAUAGGCUAUCUGUUAAACAUUGUGUUAUUUAAUUCAAACAAGGAUGCCUGAAGAGUACCACAAACUCCUCAUAUUUCAUGUAUACUACCUAAUUACAAUAAUGCUAUGUUUUGUUCAUGAUUUCCCUUAAGCAACUCCACACACCAAGGUGAUGGUGUCUCCCUAAUCCUUAUGAAGCCUGAGGGCCAAAGCUUGGUGCAGCUCACAGGUGGAUGAAAUAGUCAGGUUAGUGUGUCUGCAGUCCUUUGGUGUGUAGUUGCCUUGUAAUGUGAUUGGGAAUGAGUAAAAGAACAUAUAUU